AUGUUUCCAUAAAGUUUCUUGUGAAAUCAAAUUCAAUAAUAAAUAUGAGUAAAUAUAUCACAUAUUAUUUUAAAAUCAUAUGACUAAUAAUACACGAUUUUUAAUAAAAAAAAUUCAAACAUGAAACAAUAAAUACUAAGUUUUUUCAAAGAUUUUUAAAUUCAAUAAAAUACAUAAAUAACCCAAUAGUUAUAUUAUUAUUAUUUUUAAAAAAGAACUUAAAACAAACAAAAAAAUUAUUAGAUUGAUCAUAUACUAUUUCGGUUUCAUGUAGUACAAACUUGAGAAAUAAAUACCAAAACUUUAUAAACCGGAUUAAGCACCAAACUUACAACGAUUCUCCGGUUAUAGGAUGGUUUCCGGUUAGUCUUCAGCUCAAAAAGAAAUUGUAAUUAAAGGCCCAAGUUUCCGUAGCCUACAAUAAAGCGAACUUGUAUAAUGGGCUCAAGAUGGAGUAGCUAGUUAAUGGGCCGUGUCUGUCCGGUACGACCCGAUUCCAAAAGAAGACCUAGGUUUUGUAAUAGCGAAGUUGAAAGAUUUCAAAGCUGUCAACUUUCCGACCAAAAGUGUUUUGUUCUGCUCCGCCGUCGCCGCUAAACCCUGAAGCUAAACCUUAAACCCUCGUUGAGCUCUCCUGCUUUAGCUGAGGGAAGGAUGAAGUACCCGAAAGGUGGAAGCAUCAAGAGAGGCGGUAAAAAGGGUUCGAAUGACAGGGAUCCAUUCUUCGAGCAAGAGACGAGGAAACGCAGGAAAGUCAGUUACGAUGACGAAGACAUCGAGUCUAUUGAAUCCGACGCCGAAGAGAACGGCUUUGCGGAAGAUAAGAGAGAAGCGGAGGAUGAGGACGAGUUUGCCGAUGAGACGGCGGGAGAAAAACGGAAGAGAUUAGCGGAAGCGUUGCUUAAACGAACUAGAGAAGCUAGGCAGAGAGAGCGUGAAGAACGUGAUGACGAUGAUGAUGAUGAAGACGACGAUGAUGAUAUUGUCAAGACUUUGAUGAAGAAGCAGCAGGAGGAAACUGGUAGGGUUCGAAGAGCCAUUGCAUCGAGGGUUCAGGAGCCGCUUAGUAGCGAUGGGUUUAGUGUUAUAGUCAAGCACAGACAUUCUGUUGUGUCCGUUGCUCUGUCUGAUGACGACGCUAGAGGCUUCUCAGCUUCGAAAGACGGUACUAUCCUCCACUGGGAUGUAUCCUCUGGGGAAAAGGAGAUUUACAAAUGGCCAAGUGAUGAGAUUUUGAAGUCUCAUGGGAUGAAAGUGAGGGAGCCUCGGAAUAAGAAACACAGCAGGGCGACUCUUGCUUUAGCUGUUAGCUCGGACGGUCGUUACUUGGCUACUGGAGGAGUUGAUCGUCAUAUUCAUGUAUGGGACGUGCGGACCAGAGAACAUGUCCAGGCCUUUCCAGGUCACAGGAAUACAGUUUCGUGUCUAUGUUUCAGAAACGGGUCUACGGAGCUCUAUUCCGGUUCGUUUGAUCGUAGUGUCAAGGCGUGGAAUGUAGAAGAUAAAGCUUUUGUACAGGACAGUUUUGGACACCAGGAUGAUGUCCUAGCCAUCGAUGCGCUAAGAAAGGAGCGUGCAAUUUCGGUUGGAAGAGACAGAACCAUGCAAUUACACAAGAUGCCUGAGCAAGCUCGUAUGAUGUACCGUGCACCUGCAUCGUCUCUUGAGAGCUGCUGCUUCAUCAGUGAUACUGAGUACCUGUCUGGUUCGGAUAACGGAACUGUUGCACUCUGGGGAAUGUUGAAAAAGAAACCGAUAUUUCUCCUUAAAAAUGAACAUUCCGUUACCAUUAAUGAAAAUGGUGAUCAUGAUAAUGUGGAGUAUAAUAACUCAUGCACAGCAAGUUCUUGGGUCAGUUCAGUUGCUGUUUGUAGAGGUAGUGAUCUUGCUGCAUCUGGAGCUGGUAAUGGUUUUGUGCAUUUGAUGGCUGUUGAAGCAACUGCCCUUCGACCUUUAUUCAAGCUUCCUCUGUCUGGAUAUGUGAAUUCUAUGGCUUUUGCAAAAUCCGGCAAGUUUCUGAUCGCCGGUGCUGGACAGGAAACGAGAUUUGGAAGAUGGGGAUGCUUAAAGUCUGCGCAGAACGGCGUCGCUAUACAUCCCUUGAGGCUGUCAUAAGAAUUUCGGAAGGGUUGUUACAUCUUGAAGUUAUGUAAAGACCUACAAGUCUUUUAAGCUCUUGUAGUUUUUACUCCCUUUUUGUAUGUUUUGUUUUGUUGUACCCAUUGCUCUUUAUACAAUAAAGAGAGAUUUUUUACGUUUUUUGAGGUUCUGAUGAAUCAAAGUCGGGUAAAAAUAAAACCAGAGAUACAAAAGACUUGAAGAUUUAUUACGGUCCGAACACAGCUUUAAGAAAAUCUUUAUCGAGAGCCAGACAGCUGAUGAAAGUGGCGUUCGCAAAAAGUAAGAAAAAAAAAACAAGCUGCAUGAACGAAUACUCUAUCUUUAAGCUUGAGAACUCUAGAAACAGUUUCUUAAGUUUCUGUCAAUAGCACUUCUCAAAUGUCUCUCAGUCUCGGUUCUGUUCCAUUCUGAAUA